AUGGCCAUAUUAUUAAGAUUAAUUGUAGUAUUAUUAAUGCUUGCUAAUGCAGUGAACUCGGAAGAAGUCAUUGACUAUCGCAUGUGUCCUGAUACUGCUUGUCUUGUAUAUGAUCUGUAUGUUCAUCCAUGUCCUGAAGCUUUACAUAACCAACCAUGUGAAUGGAAAGAAAACUCGAAUACGUCUAUCGCAUUCAAAUAUAAUCCUGAUUUUGGUGCCAACAUACCAUUAACGCAAUUAACCAGUGUAACCAUUUUUAUGGACUUGCCGUUUCUGGACAUUGACAUGAACGCAUGCUUAUACACACAUUGUCCCAUUAAAAAGGAUACUGAACAGUAUUGGUUUUACAAUUUAUUUGUACCCAAAAACUAUGGUAAAACUUUUUACACGGUCAAGGUCGAGUUCUGGGAUUCUGUUUCCUACCAAACGUGCUGUUUUUUUUUCGCCCUCAAGAUCGUUUAA